UGUAUGUUUUUCUACCUGAAAACACAGUGAAUGACUUGAAACACUAGUGUGCUGCUGCAAAACAGUUGAUUGCUUAGAAAGAAAGUAUUUUCCCCUAGGAAGGAAGUUAGCCUUAAAUGACAGAGAACCUCUUUCUUUUGUGCUAGUGGUAAACCCUUAAAUACUGUUGUAAAAUGGCAGAAAUGAACUGAAGAGGGCUGAAUUCACUACUGAGGAGUCAAAUUCCAAUGUAAACAUUACUCCUACCUUGACCAGCGCUGAUAUCAAGAAACAGCAAAAUGAUAGUCUGGUUACUGAGAGCAGAGGGUGGGGAGCUCGACAUACUUUAUGCGUGAUGAUCUUCGCAGCUUGCUGUGUGUCCUUCCUGUCAAGGGUGAGCCUAAGCAUUGCCAUUGUUGCAAUGGUAUCUCACUCCUCCAAUGCGACCACGCUCAACUCAAGUGUAUCCGAUGUGUGUCCUUUGCCAAACAUAACAGAUGAUGAUAGAUCAGAUUUCUUGGAAGGUGAAUUUGAGUGGGAUGAACCAACGCAAGGGCUAAUCCUUGGAGGCUUCUACUACGGGUACUUAGUCUCAAACAUCUUCAGUGGAAUUGUAACAGAGUAUCUUGGAGGACGUUUGGCUAUGGCAAUAGCUGUCUUGGGAUCAUCUUUGCUGUGCCUUAUCAAUCCAGUGUGCGCUCGCAUCUCUGUAGGACUCUUUAUUGCUGUUAGGGUUCUUGCUGGUCUUCUGCAGGGUCCUCUUGUGAGUGCAACAUUUUUCUUGAUGGCCAGCUGGAUUCCACCACAAGAGAAGGCUAAACUUUGCUCAAUAACACUUACAGGCAGUUCUAUAGGGACAGUGCUUUCUAUGGCCCUUGGAGGUCUAAUGAUAGGAUCUAACUUUUUGGGCGGCUGGCCUUCUGUGUUCUACGUGUUUGGUGUCGCUGGGGUUCUCUGGACCAUCCCAUGGCUACUGUUGAUUCAUGACAGUCCAGACAAUCACCCGUCUCUAUCUGCAACUGAGCUCAGGUACAUUAAAGCACAAGGAUCAACCCUUAAGGGAGAAAAGAGAAUCAAAAUUCCUUGGGGCAAGAUUGCUACGUCCCUGCCAUUCUGGUCUCUCAUGGCAGUGGCUUGGGGGAACAACUUUGGGUUCUUCAACCUGUUGACAGAGAUACCCACCUACCUCAAAAAUAUACAACACUUUGGAAUACAAGACAAUGGCCUAUUGUCUGCUUUGCCAUACAUAAUAUCAACUAUCUUCAGUAUCUGCUGGGGACAGUUUGCCAGUUUUCUCCUCAGAAAAAAUGCACUCUCCAUAAUACAAGUUCGCAAGCUAUCCAGCAGUAUAGCUAUGUUUGGUCCUGCAUUAGCCCUAAUCACUAUCUGUUUUGCGGACUGCAACUCUACACUAGCAGUCGCUUGCCUCUGUAUUUCCGUUGGGUUAAACUCUGCCUCUAACAGCGGGGCAGACAUCACCGAGCAGGAAAUUGCGCCCAAUUUGACGGCACUACUGAAAAGCAUAACCAACUCAAUUGGCUCUGUGGCUGGGAUAUUAGCUCCCUCCAUCACAGGGGCUAUUACAGCUGGAAAUCAAACACUAAGUGCUUGGCGUACAGUAUUUGGAAUAUCUGCCCUAACGUACGUGAUAUGUUGUAUAAUCUACCUCAUUUUCGGGACAGUUGAAGUUCAAUCUUGGAACGAGCCUAAGCAAAAGCAGAAAGAAAAAGACAGGUACUGAAACUAUGCGCAACCAACCUCUAUUUACUGGAAUCAGGUCACUGAAAAAUAAUGGGCACAAUUCCAACUCUUCAGUCCAUCCCUGGAACAAACCGUAAUGCUCGUCAGAUCGUUUGAUGCUUUUGAAUGUGUUCCAUCCUUGCUUAUUAUUCCUAUUAUUUGAUAGAUCUCCUAAACACUCUACAUGCUUACAAGCCUCAGGUAAUUUUUUCUUGCACUAAUCGGCAAAGGUUUGCUUCAAAUACUGUUAACCCUAAAUUUUACCCUUACACUUGGCCGAGUCGUUAGCACUUCAGUCAACUCUUCUUUGUUAUCCAGCUUGCGGUCAUUACAAAAAUAUAAACUUAAAAAUAGAGUAAUUUUUUCUACUUACACUAUUGUGACUACACUGCAAAUAUUAAAUUCAUUUAAUAAAAUUCUACAGAUGAUAAUGAUAAUUUAUAGCUUCAUUUCCAUACAGCUUUGUUCACUUGGGACAAACUGAACUAUAACGUUUGCUUCAGUCUUUGAAAAUAUUUCACAUGGUGGAAAUGCCCUAACAAAUGUAUAAAUAUCAAACAAAUCUUGGUAAAGUACGCAUCAUUUUUAUGUGAAUUCCAAGGGAACACUUACUGCAGAUGAGUGGAGAUACUUGGAAGAUAAAGCACAAAAAAGAGGAGUGACAGAAUUUCUCAAGGGCCUUUUGUAUUAAAGACUUUUAACAACACCACUGAGCAUAAAGAAACAAGUGGAAUGGUGUAAUAUGGAAAAGAUGAUAGAUUUUAGGUCCUUCUGAUCAUAACCUGGUGGAAGUAAGGGUGAAUAUAUGUAUAGUAUGUUUAAGUGAGGAGGAAGUUAGAAAUGUUACUAUAAAUACAUUAAAGUUUGAUAAGAAGGGAAUGAGCAUCUCUCUCUCAUUCAUGUACCCAUUUACAUGGAAAUAAACACAAGUAUACACAUAACUUGCAUAAAUAUGCCUAUGCAUAUUAACUCGAAUACAUGUAAGCACAUGGUGAGCCUGUGUCUGGUUGUACUAUACUGAAUUUUUGUGACCAGUUUUUCUUAAGCAAAUUAACUUUAAAAUGAAUUGUAAACAAAAUAUUGUGAAAUAAAAAGAUAAGCUUCAUAAAAGAAAACAUGUUGGCUAUCUCCCUAAGUAUUUUUCAAUAAAUUUUGCAAAAACUAUAAACAACCUCAAAAUAAAGUAGUAUGUGAAUGCUGUGUCAAAAAGUGAUAAAUCUAAUAUAAAAAAUAAAUUUAUCUACAAAAUUCUUUUAAGUCUCUUCUUGUCAUUAAUACACAAAAAUUACAAAUUUUUCAUCAAUUUGUACUUUUCAUAACUAACAACAUUAUGAUAAUCUUCUAGCGCCAGCUGGAAACCCGGUAAAAUUAAUAAAAACCUUGUGUGAUCCAGGGACUAUUGGCAUCUGCACUUACUCACAAGGUAUUUGGGAGCUCCCAUAAUGCCUUGGGCAUCACAGUACUUUGAAGCAAUGAAUUUAUGAGAUUACAAACUUGAAUUAAUGAACAAAGCACAGUUUUCACCCUUUUUGUCAUCUUUCUUUGUGAUAAAUUAUGCAUAAAUAAAUUUACCAGCAAACCUGCAAAACUGUUUUGUUAUCUCUAUUUCCCUCAUGCUAAACUGUGCAAAAAGUAAUUAAGACAACAAAAAUAACUUUAAAAAGAAAACAAUCCAAAAAUAGCAAAUUAAUAAGAUAAAAUUGGAAAACAAAAUACUUCAGCUGUCUAUUUCAUUGCCAAAAAAUUGUGCAGAAAGUCAUAAUCAAGAAUUAAGUAAUUCUUUGCAGUUGUGCAACACAGGAAGUUCACAGCAAAGUUUGGCAUUGCUUCAUGGCACAGUGCCAUCUGUCAAGUGGCACACAGUAGUUUUUGGCAAACCUACCUCUGCUGGGCACAAUGUUCCUUGAUUUUGUGAGAGAAACAGGUGGACCAUACUCAGCUGAGAAGAUUCCAGAACAUAAUGAACCCGGUUUAAAGGAGAACAUGCCGACUUACAUGUCACCAAUCGCGGAGACUGUCUUGGAGGUUGAGCAGAAAAUGAUGGAACGAAUUAUACUGAUUAAUCUGAGGCUGAAUAUUGUAAACCCAGAGGUUAUUGAAUGGAACGAUGAUCUGAAUCAAAUGAUGGAAAAUAUCAGGCUACGACGAGCAGGUCUACAAGAGGUACCAGUACUACAUGAUCGUCCAGCGGAAGUUUAAGUACAAAUGCACUCAAGUGAGAUCACACCUUGUUCCUGCUGGUUUGAAGGUCUUCGAUUUCUCCCUGCCCUUCAAUUCAGAAAAAAAUAUCAGUACCUUUGAUUACACUUACAACAGUAGACUGGAGUUGCUAACCCUUUUAUUUUAUUCAUAUUAAAGAAAUGUACGCUGUGUGUCAUUCAGUAGUUUUUUCUGCAUGUACUGUUUCAUUUCUACUUACUUUGUAUCUCAGGUAAUAAAAUAGUUGGGAUAAGACUUUUUAUAUCAUUUUUUAAACAAAGGACAAUAGACCGGUAGCUUCCUUUGAACUUGGUAUUUCAUUCUCGUCUAAUGUGAAAAUGGAACAAUAUGAUUUGUUGGUUUGGACUGUUCCCUAUAAAGCAAUAUGAAGAAAAACAUCCUCCCUUGCAAUAACUAGUCAUGUUGCCACUUUUAUUUAAAAUGUUUGCCAAAAGUGAAACUUGGCAAAAGUAAUCUCCAGUUAAAUGUCAAGAAAGUUGUGUUAACUGAUGGGAAAAUCCAGACAUACAUAACGUCAAGACUAAACAAUCAAUUAUUGCAGAAACCUCUAUUAUCAAUGUUAUU